AUUGCACGUCGCAGAGUCGGCCGCAUAGCGAAAAACGACGCGUCAGGGCCAAAAGAAAAACCCUAGCUGUCUGCGCCUCUCUCUCUCUCUCGUUAUCUAAAACCUCGCUCUCAGUCUCCUCUUCGGUCCGCUGCUCUCCUUUUCAGUCCACAGAGCGUCUCCUGAACCCCACCGGCGACUGCAAGAAGCGAAGAGGAGGGGGCUACCAAGCCCUUCUUCUCUCUCUGCCAUGAAUUUUUCAUGCGUUUAUCAGUCGAAGAACCGAGGCUUCUCAGUCUUUUGAUUUCUAUUCGUGGGUUGUAUCAUUGAGGACGGCUGUUUUUGCAUUGGAUUCUUUGAUUUAUACUGGGUUCCUUCAGAGCAAGGUGCAAAGUAAGUCACUGUGUACCCUGUGUUGCUGCACCUAGACAGAUCAGGAGUUAUGGUGUCCGAGAAGCAAUCUGGAGAUCUGAAUGGUAUGCCUCUUCAGUUUUUGCAGUUCCCAACCAUGAUUGCUACUGAAAAUAUUCCAAAGAAGAAGUUGAAAAUCAAAAUUGGCGGCCCCAAAUGCAUUGAUGUUGAACCUGGUAGAAAAUCUUGUGAAUUUGUCCAGCAGGAGUUCAUGAAUGAUGACUCUGGUCACAAUGUUCCCGUGACUGGAAGUAUUAAGUCAGAGAAGAAUCAAUCACACAAUUUAGUGAUUCCUUCUGACAACACAAAGAAGUGUGCUGCUGGUAACUUAAAGGUGGGAAUUUCUGAAGUGAGCUCUCAUAAGAGAGGGCUCCAAGGAGUGGGGGAUGGCCAAAAGGAGAAGAGACGCAAGUUGGAGCGUGGUGUGACACUUCAGUGUUCUAGCAUUUUGAAACACUUGAUGGCUCAUAGUUUUGGGUGGAUUUUCAAUGAGCCAGUUGAUCCUGUGAAGUUGGAGAUUCCUGAUUAUUUAUCUAUAAUCUCUCACCCAAUGGAUUUAGGUACAAUAAAAACCAAAUUGGAGAAAAAUAGAUAUUCCAAUGUUGAAGAGUUUGCAGCAGAUGUUAGGCUGACCUUUUCCAAUGCCAUGGAGUAUAAUCCUCCUUCUAAUGAGGUUCAUCUCAUGGCCAAGAAACUAAAUGAUAUUUUUAAUGCAAGAUGGAGAUGUUUGGAGGCAAAAUGGAGUCAUGGUUACAAUAUUGUGGAGCAGGGGCCUAUAUCAAGUGGAAGAGCAAAGGGUACAGAUAACCUAGAGCAGAAUGACAGCAAAACCCAUCGUUUGCAUGUUAAGUCUUUGCCCAAAAGGUUGAUGUCAGCUGAGGACAAACAAAAGUUGCAAAAACAGCUGUUGGAGCUAUCAAGGGAAAACAUGUCACAGCAGUUGCAAUGUUUCCUUAAAAAAUUUGGUAACACCUGGCGAAAAGAAGGAAGGAUUGAGGUGGACAUAGAUGCCUUUGAUGAUGAAACUUUGUGGAAGAUGAAAAGAAUUAUAAGCACUCGGGGUGCAAAAGCUGCAAAAUCUGAGGCUGCUAAAAACAUUGAGAAUGGAACACGACAUUCUUUGGGAAAGAUUGCCUACAAAGGCACUGAUAGUAGUACGAGAACUGCUUGUGGCUCUGUCAGUGUCAGCCCACCAUUGGACCUGGAUGUCCCAAAAUGUUGUUCAUGUGGCAGUAUGAGAUGCCAAUGCAGCCUUCAAAAUGAUUUGGCCAGUGCACUCUCAAGUGAUUUGUCUUCAGAAAGAUCUCUGGGACAUGAUCACGAUGCUUCCAAAAAGGACUGUGGCACAAAAAUUCUUUUACAAACCCAAAUGAUCAAAUCAAAUCUGGAUUCUGAUGGUGCUGUAAGUUCUUUGGGAAAAGAACAUUUUUGUCUCAGCCAACAGCUCUCAUCUGUAGCUACCACUGCCACUUAUGGGGGAGAUUGGACUCCGCUUAUUGACAUUCAACUAUCUCCGAAGAAGGCUCUCCGGGCCGCAAUGCUAAAGAGCCGCUUUGCAGACACCAUCUUAAAAGCAAAGCAGAAGGCACUUCUAGAUGAUGGUGAUAAAGUAGAUCCUAUAAAAAUGCAGCAGGAAAAGGAGAGACUAGAAAGGCAGCAACUGGAAGAGAAGGCGAGAAUAGAAGCCCAAAUCAGAGCUGCUGAAGCUGCCUCACGAAUGAAAGCAGAAGCUGAAUUGAAAAUGCAGCGGGAACGAGCAAGGGAAGCUGCUCGGCUAGCACUGCUGAAGAUGGAGAAGACUGUUGAGAUUGAUGAUAAUCUGGAGAUCCUGAAAGAACUUGAGAUGCUUUGUGGGUGCUCACUAUCUAAAAAUAUGUUAUGCAAUGUUCGGGCUGAAACAGUUGUUGGAUGCGCCGAGAGGGUUCGCUUUAGUAGCCCCUUGGAAUGGCUAGGUUUGUCUAGGAAAGACGAUUAUAUGGACGAAGAGGACGAGGCCGCGAUAUUAGGCAGGGGAGGAGAUGGGGAGGAGGGGGAGAUCAUUUCAUGACCCCCUCUCUCCCCCCCUCUGUAUCUAAAUAUAUGAUACCUUGAGGGAGAGUAGUUAAGUUAGACAGUUUGCUGUAAAUGAAUAUUCCCGUAGGGCAUAUGUAAUCAUGCUAUUAUAUGUUUGAGUGAAAUGAUAGAUAAUAGAUAGGUGCUAUAUAUAGCCCCCGUCAGUUGAUGGGAAUUUGGAACUAUGAAAUCAUCUGCUUUUUGCUUGGGAGUAACAA